AUGAUGUUAUUGCUCAGAAGCACUUCUGCAAAGAACCCGCUAAAUGUAAACACUGCCAACAAUGACGAUAAGAGUUCAAAAUUGGUAACCCAAUGGGGGAUUCGCAUGUUCAGAGGUAACAACUAUUCCUCUUAUGCUACAUGGAGGUAGGAAAUAAGAGGAGUGGCCCUACCUGGUUUUCCCCAUGCGCUGCUUCGAAGCAGUGGAGACCAAAACAUUCAAUGACUUGCCAUUAAAAUCAAUAGGUUUUUGACAUGAUCGGAGAGCGCAGUCUGGGACCGGUAAAACUGCAACCUUUUCCAUUGGAGCUUUACAGAUCCUUAAUACAAAAGUGAGAGAGAUACAAGUUCUUAUAUUAGCUCCAACAAGAGAACUUGCUGUCCAAAUUCAAAAAGUAAUUUUAGCCUUAGGGGAUUACAUGAAUGUGCAGUGUCAUGCUUGCAUUGGAGGAAGAAAUCUUGAAGAAGAUAUGCGCAAGUUAAAUAAAGGACAACAUGUUGUUUGUGGUACACCUGGACGAGUAUUUGAUAUGAUUCGAAAAAGGAGUUUGAAGAUGCGUUCAAUCAAAAUGCUUGUAUUAGAUGAAGCUGAUGAAAUGCUGAACAUAGGUUUAAAAGAUCAAAUAUAUAAUGUGUACAGAUAUUUGCCAGCAAUCACUCAAGUUGUUUUAAUAUCUGCUACGUUACCUGAUGAGAUAUGGGAAAUGACAAGUAAAUUCAUGGUUGACCCAAUUAAGAUUUUAGUGAAGAAAGAUGAAAUGACACUAGAAGGUAUCAAGCAGUUUUUCGUUUUAGUUGAAAAAGAAGAAUGGAAAUUGGAUACUCUGUUGGAUUUGUAUGAAAGAAUGACUAUUAGACAAGCUGUAAUAUUUUGUAAUACAAAAAGGAAGGUUGAUUGGCUGACAAAAAAAAUGAAGGAAGCUGAUUUUACUGUUUCAUCAAUGCAUGGUGAUAUGCCUCACAAAAUGAGGGAGGCUAUCAUGAAUCAAUUUCGUUCAGCACAAACGAGAGUUUUGAUAGCUACUGAUAUUUGGGCAAGAGGAUUAGAUGUGCAACAAGUUUCUCUGGUCAUAAAUUAUGAUGUACCCACUAACAAAGAAUCAUAUAUACAUAGGAUUGGACGAUCCGGUCGAUUUGGGCGUAAAGGUGUAGCAAUAACUUUUGUUAAAAAUAAUGAUAUCGAUAAUAUGCUUGAAAUUGAGAAGCACUAUUCAACACAAAUUAAAGAAAUUCCUAUGAAUCUUGAUGAUCUCAUCUAAGAAAUUUGGAUUUCAUAUUUUGUGGAUUCAUGAACGGUAUCAUACUCACUUGUUUUAAAGUGAAACUGUGUAUCACUAAAUGUUUUAGAUUUCAUGUCAUGUAAUGUAUUUUUGAUAGCUUAUAAUUAAAGUUUUUAAUCCAUGCAGA